AUGCCACGACAACAGUACAAUGAGGCCACGGACCUGCAUAAUGAUCUUGUUCGAAAGUACAAGAGACAUGGCGCUGUCAUCGAUGAAAUUUGGAGAGAAUUUGGUGCAGGCCAGCGCGCGAAGUGUGUGAAGGCCGGAGUGAUGGAGGGUGUCUUACUCAGACACUCGGGGGACACUACCCUGGGCGAUAACUACAAGGUCUUUCCCGAAUGGAAUUUGCGCGACUUGACUGAACGGCCCGAGCAUUUUCUUAGCAUGCUAGAGCACCGCAUCAAGAAAACGCCCAUGGAGCAGUACUGUUACGGGCUUAACGGUGGUAAGGGUGAUGCCGAUACCAUUCAGGAGAGCAUGCGGACGCAGGGUUUACGUCCGCCUGCAUCUGACAAGGACUGGUACAUGCUGUUUUCCGAUGGGGAGUAUUACGGUUGUACUGUAUAUCUGCCCGAAAAAGACGAGAAAUCGUUGGGCGGGCUUGUGCCGGCCAUCAGAGCGGGACUUGUACCACCAAAAGGUAUUGGCGAGCUGAUCUUAAAACGACAAGUCACCUUGCUGCAGUCACUCAAUAUCCUCAUUGACGACAUCUUGGAGCAGGGCUCGAAGACGCGAAGUAAGGCCCAGCGCCCCAAGAAGCCAGAGGAGACAACCACUGCGGCAUUCGCAAGAUUGAGCAUCUCACAAUCACCUGCCAAGCUUUCUAUAGCCGACCUCGUCAACAAUGCCUAUGAUCAGGCGGCUUCACUCAAGGAACGCCUGGAGCUCUGCUCGGAACCGGCUUUUCUUGCACACGACGUCAACUUCUGGUACUUCAGCCGGCCAGAGACACUCCCAGACGAGAAAGGACGUCGUUUGCCGGUGGUUUCGGACAAGUACAUCAGUGCCAGUGUCUUCGACGCUGUCCAUAACGCUGUCCAGGCAGCUGUCCUGUGGAACUACAUUCAUCAGCUCCUCGAGCGUUUCGAAAGCUUGAACCAAGACAAAGCCCACAGGACUAUCCUGCUACAGGAGAUAGCCAACGCCGCCCAGCUCGCCUACGUCUCCGCCCAGGCCUUAUUCAAGCGGCAUAUUCAGUCGCAUUCUGGCAGCAAGUGGUACAAGCGGAUGUCCAAUGUGUAUGACAGCGUUGGUAACGCGCGCGUGACGCUCAAAGGCAAUCCAGGCGACUUGACGCGAAGCGAUCCUCAACUUCACUACAUGCUCCGUCUCUGCCACCCUGACACCACUGCAGCCAAGGCCGCCGAAUGGCUGAAGAAGUUGGGCGAUCUUCAUCGGCCUCAUCCCGAAGAGCGGGAGAAACUGGUUGAGAGCGAGUUCGAGUCUCUUUGUGACCUUGCCACGACCGUCGCCUUCAUCCAGGAUGUAACCAGUACAAUCUCGACGCCGGCUCCAUCCCGCAAAAAGGGGCAAUUAUUUGUCUCCAGAUCCCAUGAGCUCGAGAAAGAAUUGAACGAGCUCAAGACUGGCAUUGAUCUGAGGGACUUUGCCGUCCCCAUCGACAAUCUUCUAGAGCCGGGGAUGACCGUUGAAGCUUUAGAGAAACUCAACCAGUUUAUCAUUGACAAUGCCGGUGCCAAUCUCGGUGUGCUUUACGAAGAUCUUGUUUUCGAAUGCUUCUCCGACCUUGAGAAUCAGUAUAAACAGUACAAAAGCAAGAUCAGCCAAGGCCAAAAGGAGUGGACGCCACUUCCGGUGCCUGCCCCCGAGCCGCGAGAAACUUUGGUAGACCAGCGGAAGGAGAAGGAAAAGACUCGUCCGGCCCACGUAUCUGCCUUUGGGGUCGGUCCUCAGGCAAAUGUGUCGACUGCAGAGCCAGUCGUCGAGAAGCAGACGUUCAAAGUCUCUUCAGCGACUGCCGAGGUUUUCUAUGCUCUCUUCAAGAAGUCCGAGUCCCGAGGUGCAGUGAACUGGACGGCCUUUGAAGGCGCCAUGGCCGAGCUCGGGUUUUCGGUUCUGCCCAAGUACGGUUCGGUUUUCACUUUCAUGCCGCCCGAUAGUAUGGCAGUAAAGAGGCCGUUCACCAUCCACCGACCUCACAAGUCUCAGAUUGAAGGGUACAUGACGCUGGUGUACUCUCGGCGACUCGCGAGGGCGUAUGGAUGGGAUGAGAAGACGUUUUCAGUUGUGUGA